AUGGGAUAUGGUACGUCGUUGUCUAAGGCGCUGAGUGAUCAGGGUAGCGCAUGCGUCAGAGCGGGUCGAUAUGUAGUGACGUCACCUGGACUCAGGCCUCAGUCAGCCGCCAGCGGCCACGACGAUAACAUGUGGCUGAAAUGCUUGACUAUAACCGUGCUUUUCGCGGCGACCGUUUCCCGAGAAGUCUUCACGAAUUCCUUCCUGGUGCGGUUCAAGAGAUCGGUCCGGCAUGACGAGGCUACGGAGCUGGCCGCCCGCCACGGCUUCGAGAGUCUUGGACCGGUACUAGGUUCUGAGACGGAAUGGCAUUUCGCGCAUCGCGGCUUGCCACACGCUCGUCCAAGGCGUUCGAUCGCGCACACAAGGAUCCUGAAACAGCAUCCAUUGGUACACACUGCAGUCCAGCAGACUGGUUUCAAACGCGUCAAAAGAGGAUAUCGUCCUCUGCGCCUGCCGGAGACAGUACCGGCCUCUGAGCCCCGUGAUCCCUACUUUCCGCUGCAGUGGUACCUGAAGAACACGGGACAAAACGGCGGGAAACCCAAGCUUGAUCUGAACGUGGAAGCAGCUUGGGCUCAAGGGUACACUGGCGUCAACGUAACCACAGCUAUCAUGGAUGAUGGUGUCGAUUACAUGCAUCCCGACUUAAAAUAUAAUUACAAUGCGGAGGCUUCGUACGACUUCAGCAGCAACGAUCCGUUUCCUUAUCCACGCUACACGGAUGACUGGUUUAACAGUCACGGAACGAGGUGCGCUGGUGAAGUGGCCGCAGCUCGCGACAACGGCGUCUGUGGUGUCGGCGUCGCUUAUCACUCCAAAGUUGCCGGUAUAAGAAUGUUAGACCAGCCGUACAUGACAGAUCUCAUCGAAGCCAAUUCUAUGGGUCAUGAGCCCCACAAGAUUCACAUAUACAGUGCCUCGUGGGGUCCUACAGACGACGGUCGUACUGUAGAUGGACCAAGAAACGCGACUAUGAGAGCUAUUGUGAGAGGAGUUAAUGAGGGUCGUAAUGGCCUCGGUAAUAUCUACGUAUGGGCGAGUGGUGAUGGGGGCGAGGACGACGAUUGCAAUUGUGAUGGCUACGCUGCGUCUAUGUGGACUAUUUCAAUUAAUAGUGCAAUAAAUGACGGUCAAAACGCGCAUUACGACGAAUCAUGUUCGUCUACGCUCGCGAGCACAUUCAGCAAUGGUGCUCGCGAUCCUAGUACUGGAGUGGCGACCACUGAUUUGUACGGAAAAUGUACUGCGACCCACUCGGGGACAUCAGCUGCGGCGCCAGAAGCUGCUGGGGUAUUCGCUCUGGCUUUACAUGCCAAUCCGAAUCUGACGUGGCGCGACAUCCAGCAUCUAACAGUAUUGACUUCGAAAAGAAAUUCGCUGUACGAUGCAAAGGGACGUUUUCACUGGACUAUGAAUGGAGUGGGCUUAGAAUUCAAUCACUUGUUCGGUUUUGGGGUACUGGACGCCGGUGCGAUGACCGCUCUGGCUGCUAAUUGGCGCUCCGUGCCUCCGAGAUAUCAUUGUGAAGCAGGAUCUGUUAAUACUCACACCGAGAUCCCGACCGAUGGCAGCGUGACCUUGAAGAUCGACACCACAGCAUGCGCGGGCUCCCCCAGCGAGGUGCGCUACCUGGAACACGUGCAGGCCGUUGUCAGCGCCAACGGCACGCGACGCGGCGACCUGGAGUUCUUCCUCACCAGUCCAAUGGGAACCAGAUCCAUGAUUUUAAGCAGACGGGCCAACGAUGGCGACUCCCGGGACGGCUUCACAAAGUGGCCCUUCAUGACCACACAUACAUGGGGAGAAUAUCCACAGGGCACAUGGAUCCUAGAGGCUCGGUACAACGGUGGGGGCUCGUCGGGGGGAGAGUGGUCCGGCUGGGUGCGCGGCUGGUCGCUAGUGCUGCACGGCACGCGCGCGCCGCCCUACGCCCAACUCCAGCCUCAGGACCCGCACUCCAAGCUCGCCGUCGUCAAGAAAGCACACGAGGACGCGCUCGCCAAGUAACAGCACCCGAUCUCGCGGACGCAUACCUUCUAUCAUUUCACUUUCAGGAGACUUACGAACGCGCAUAACAACCUCGGUAACCAAACGGUGUCUUCGUAUUGUCAAGUCGGCCGUUUCUUCGUUUAUAGUUAUAGGCAAUAAUAAUAUGUAAAGGAGCUUCUGUCUGUGUGCUUAGUGCGAGUUUUUUAACGUUCUCGAUAGCGUAAAAGUUAACCCAAUUUUAUAUGCAGUUGAAAACAGCGCCCCUUACGGCAAACGUAGGCUUUUUUUUCCUGCCUUUUUUUUUUUUUUUUUUAUUGCCCUUGUAGGCAGACGAGCAUACGGCCCACCUGAUGGUGAGUGGUUACCGUCGCCCAUGGACUUCAGCAAUGCCAGGGGCAGAGCCAGGCCGCUGCCUACCGCUUAAUACUCUCCACAAGCCUCGUUUGAAGAAGGACAUGUCAUAGCGCUCAGGAAACACCGUGGAGGGGAGCUCAUUCCAUAGCCGGAUGGUACGUGGCAAAAAAGAUCUCUGGAAACGCACUGUGGAUGACCGCAGUGGCUCCAGGUAGUAUGGAUGAACUCUACUCCGGUGGCGGGCGGUGCGAUGGUAAAAACGAGAUGCCGGUAUCAUCUAGAACAAUUCCUCAGAGCACUCCCCAUGGAACAUACGGUACAAAAUACAGAGGGAACCGAAGUCCCUCCGCAGACCCAGAGGCUCCAAACGAUCCGUGAGAAUGGGAUUAUCGACAAUCCGAACGGCCCGCCUCUGUAUGGAGUCAAAUGGAAGAAGCUGGUAUUUGGGAGCCCCGGCCCAGAGAUGGGAGCAGUACUCCACGCGAGGCCGGACUUGUGCUUUAUAAAGCAAAAGCCUUUGUCCAGGCGUGAAGUACCGCUUCGCUCUGUUGAGGACUCCCAGCAUUUUGGACGCCAACUUGGCUUUGCCUUCCAAAUGACUCCGAAACUGGACAUCGCUCGAAAUGUCGACCCCAAGUAUCCCAAUACUCUCGGAAGGUUGCAGGGAUACUCCUUGGAAUUGCGGCGCCAUGACAAAGGGGUCCUUCUUCGCAGUGAACGCGCAAACUUGUGUCUUUAAAAGUGUCUUGUGUCUGCCUAAGCUGAGAGCCUUGAGAGGCUAUAUCAGCGUAACCUUAACUAGUAGUAACUAGCUCACGGGGUUCAAACCUGACGACGUUGCUAACACGAACCCUAGCAAGAGCCGUGCUUCGCAGAAUCUACCACCGGAUCGGAUACGCGACCCACUGAGAAGAUCCGGCGAGAAACUCAGUGGGCUGUGUCUGAGGGUUAAUUUACUCGUCGAGCCCUUCGUCGUAAGCGACAAACGACCCCAUUCCAUAUAUAAAUAUGAGUUAACUUUUACGUUAUCGAGAACGUUAAACAAACUCGCACUAAGCACACUGGAACUAUACCGGUACGGAAUUCUGUUGCUAAUAUGCGUCCCGUAUAAAUUAUCUGUGUAGUUGACGUGGACAUCGGUGUGCGUAUUGAUAUCCAUGUUUUUUGAUCGGGUCGGGCCGUGAGAUAAAACUAUAUUUUUUCAUCGUAGGUCUUCUGAUGUUACAUUAAACAUUACAUGUAUUUUAAGUAAAUAUAUUGUUUCCAAUUAACCAUGUUAUGAUUCUGCAGUCACUUGUAAUAGUACAAAAAUAAGUAUAGAAGCAACUCGUUUAGAAGAGAAAUAUUUAUUUUUACAAAAAAAAAAGAAUGUAAUCGGAAAUGAACAACGCUAUGAAAUAAAAAAUACGCUAGGUUAAUAGUAUAUAGCAAAUUAGAUGUAUCGCAUUUUAUUAUGUAUUUAAUUUAUAUUUCGUCAAUCAUUUGUAACGUUAAAAUUUUGUUAUAAAAAUUAUACUAUAUUUAUUCUCAAUGUGUUUUAAGGGAGCAGUUUUAAUGAAUUUAUCUUCCAUAAUUGAAUGUUAGUCAUAUAUUCACCAACUUUUAGACAUUAAUGCGGCACUUUAAAUGAUACUGUUAAAAAUGAAAUAAAGAUGUAUUUAAUCAAAGGGGAUUCGCCGAAACAUGAUUUAUUCUAAUUUAUUUUUAUUUAUUAUUGAUACCUAAUUCAUGAAAGAAUUUUCUUUCAAAUUGCUUUUUUUUUUCUCACUCUUAAAUUACAUUUAUUUAAUACGAGAGACAGAAUGAGAGAGAGAGAGAAAGCUAUAUUUCAAAAAAAUCAUUAUUCUGUCAACUUGGAAUUCGAUGAUUUUAGGUUAGUAAUAAAUCUUUUCAUAUGUACGCAAAUGUCCUCGUUAUGUUUCUUAAAUAAUUAUUAUACGUCCUAGAAGAUCUUGUUUGUCUGUAUACACUUUUUUUAUUGCAGGAAAUAUGAUCUAUUGAUUUUAAAAGCACUCGUUUUAAAGUCACUCAUAAUUUUCUAACACAGGAAGGAGCGCUAAUAACCCAUAAAGUAUGUAGAAUGGUGCCGCUGUACCUAAUAAGUCUUAUUCUUAUUCUACUAAUGCUAUUAUUAGUUUUCUUUUCUAGUCCGAACUGUUUGUUAUGACUUCGGCUAAAAUCUACAAUGAAAUCUUUUUUCUUUACAAAAGAUAAAUCGUCUCCUCAUCAUCACUAUCAUUAUCACUAGCAGCAACAGCCCACAGCCGUCCAUUGCUGGACAUGGGCCUCUCCCAAUUUACACCACUGAGCCCGGACUCCGGCUAUUUUAUGGUGGAUAUGAUGACCUCAUCAUCACGCGAACAAAAAUCAAUUUAACUUCCACAUAUAUAUUAUAUGAAAGAGCAUUCCAGAGCGUCACGCGUCUCUAAUUACAUACCUUAGCAUGUUUAGUACUGAAAGUGAUUAAAUGAAAUUCUUUCAGUGUUACAAUGAAGCUUGUUACAAUGAAUGAAGGAAAAUUACCAAAAAAAAUAGGUUUUGUGAGGUAAUUUUACGUUAGUGUUUCUUUUGUAAUGUCUAUAGAUAUACACUUAUAUAUACUUAAAUAAUAACAAACCAUAUUUAAUCAUAAUAUAUGUUAUUUCAUCAUUAAUUGCAUAUUCGAUUUUUACUUUUCUGGUAAUUAAAAAAUAGUGGUCUAAAACAAGUGAGUUAAUGUUAGUAAAUAUUAUAACAUCGCUCAAGAAAAAACUGUAAUUAAAAAAAAAAUAACAUUCCAUCAUUUAGAAAUAUAAAUUGAGUAAACAUUAUUUUUACAUUUUCGUAGAAAAGUUAUUUAAAUAAACGACCAGACGUUCAACAUAUCACAUAAAAUAAAUCCGACCAAAACGUACGUACGUACUUAAUUACUUGAAAAUGAUUUAAACAAGAUCUAAUAAGCUAUUUUUGUGUUAAAUGUUUUCAUAAUUUGUAAUUGUUAUUAGUGUACCGUUUGUUAAUACAUCAUAUUUUUGAUUAAUCAAAUGUACUUUGUUUAACCCAGCUAGACGAGGCAUAUUUGAUACUUUCAUUCAUUUUAAAUAUUUAUUUUAAUGUUUGCCAACAAAAACACUAGAAUAUUAAUAAAAAAACGUAUAUUAGAAAUGUAUCUUUAAUAUUUAAGGUUUUAAAAGAAUAUAUAUUUGAUAAAUACGCAAAUAAAUCUUCCCUUGGGGCCCAGCUAAAGCGGAAACAAAUUGUUUUUGGCGUACUUUAUCUAUUUUCUUAUAAAUAAUUUAACACUCGUAGUGUUUAUGAAUGUUUUUAUCUAAUACAUACAUAUAUUAUCUUGAAAUACCGUCUAAGUAUAUAAGUGCGUCUAGUUUGUGUGCAUAACAGUUUAUUAAAACUUAAUAGUAAUAAUAUAAGAUAUAAAAUAUUAACAAUUUAAAAAAAAUAUAAAGAAGAAUAUAUUAUGUAAUAAUAUUAUAGAAAUAUAAUGUGAUUUGGUGUUGUAUUUGAAUUAAA